AUGAUGAAUCCCGCCCUUGAGCUGCGAUAUGAUACAAACAAAAUUAUCCAGCUGGAUCCGAGGAAAGGUGAACGGGAUUAUAGCAUAUUGAUUAUCAACCCCAAUACCUCAGCGCACAUGACCGAAGCCCUGAAACCCAUCUUGGCCAACAUGAACUACCAAGAUGUGCAUUUCGAGUACUUCACUGCUCCAGACUCUACUGUCGAGAUCGACGGAGUCGAAAUUGAACCAAUCGCCAGCAUCAACAACGCCGAAGAAUCGUGCAACUCGGCGUUAAAUUGUUGGCCCGUACGGGAGUUGAUCGGCCAUUACGACGCAUUUCUUGUCGCAUGCUACUCCGCGCAUCCAUUUGUUGGCAGGCUCAGGGAGGACAUCGCGGCAAGCGAAGAAGCGAGCUCGACGAGAAACAAAUACGUGACUGGAAUCUUGGAAGCGUCUAUCACAGCUGCACUCUCCUUAGUUAGUGGUUUCGCAUUGCAAGGUCCAAUCAAUCCAGCGAUAACGCUCCACAAAUAUCAGACGAAGGGCAGCUUUGGUAUUGUGACCACUGGUUCCGCCUGGAAGGAAGAGCUCACCAAUGCGGUUCAAGGAGCGCUGGGAUAUGAUUAUGAGGAUGGGAGCUCCAUGCACUUUGCGGGCGUCGAAACAACCGGCCUGACGGCAGUUGAACUUCACACUACAGAACCAGAGGAAGUUCGGCGGAGGAUCAUCGAUGCUACCCGCAACCUGCUUCGGAAGUCGCAAAAUCGUGUUACGGUUGUCUGUCUAGGUUGUGCAGGUAUGGCUGGUAUGGAGGAAGCGCAACACUCGACGGCUUCUGCGAAAAAUAAGAUGCCAAGAGAAAUCAUCACCAUCCAAGCCGGCCAGUGCGGCAACAACGUCGGCAGUCAAUUCUGGCAACAGCUCUGCCAGGAGCACGGAAUCAGCGCAGAUGGAAACCUGGAGGAGCAUGCGACUGACGGGGCCGCCGGUGAUCGCAAGGAUGUGUUCUUCUACCAGAGUGACGACACAAGGUACAUCCCUCGAGCGAUCCUCCUCGACUUAGAACCCAGGGUCCUGAAUGCUAUCCAGACUGGCCCCUACAAGAACAUUUACAACCCCGAGAACUUCUUCGUCGGCCAACAAGGUAUCGGAGCUGGAAACAACUGGGGUACCGGAUAUGCUGCAGGAGAAGGUGUGCAAGAGGAGAUUUUCGACAUGAUCGACCGCGAAGCAGACGGAAGUGACUCGCUCGAGGGAUUUAUGCUUCUACAUUCGAUCGCAGGAGGAACGGGCUCUGGACUGGGAAGUUUCAUCCUAGAACGCAUGAACGAUCGCUUCCCAAAGAAACUCAUCCAAACCUACUCUGUCUUCCCAGACACGCAGUCCGAUGUUGUGGUUAACCCUUACAACAGCUUGCUUGCCAUGCGGCGAUUGACGCAAGAUGCUGACUCGGUGGUCGUCCUGGACAAUGGCGCCCUGUCACGAAUUGUCGCUGAUCGACUUCACGUACAAGAGCCCUCGUUCCACCAAACCAACCAGCUUGUUUCAACAGUGAUGUCUGCAUCCACAACCACGCUACGAUACCCCGGAUACAUGCACAACGAUCUCGCCGGGAUCAUCGCCUCGCUCAUCCCCACGCCACGCAGCCACUUCCUUCUCACAUCAUACACACCUUUCACGGGUGCCAACAUCGAGCAAGCUCGAACAGUGCGAAAGACAACCGUCCUAGACGUUAUGCGUCGCCUUCUACAGCCCAAGAACCGCAUGGUCUCCGUAAACCCCAGCAAGUCCAGCUGCUACAUCAGCAUCCUCAACAUCAUCCAGGGCGAAGCCGACCCGACCGACGUGCACAAGUCACUGCUGCGUAUCCGGGAGCGUCGUCUUGCAUCUUUCAUUCCAUGGGGUCCCGCCAGCAUCCAGGUUGCUCUCACGAAGAGAUCCCCGUACAUUGAGGAAACCGGGCACCGCGUGAGCGGGCUGAUGUUGGCUAACCACACCUCUGUCGCGACGCUCUUCAAGCGCAUUGUGAAGCACUAUGACAUGCUCCGCAAGCGCAAUGCCUUCUUGGAUUCCUAUAAGAAGGAAGCACCAUUUGCUGACGGACUUGGCGAAUUCGACGAGGCACGUGCAGUUGUGAUGGAUCUGAUCGGCGAGUACGAGGCAGCCGAACGAGAGGAUUAUCUGGACCCGGAUGCAGGCAAGGCAAACGACCUUGGAGUAUGA